ACAUCACGCAAGACAAAUGGGACCGUUGUAUUUUCUUUCAUUGCGAAAAGUACAGAUUUUUGGUUUCCGUAUAGACGGUAUCCCUAAGCAACUGAAUUUUUUGAUUGAUGAAAACGAGACAGUAGCAGAGGAUGGAUCCAAAACACAUGGCCCUGAUGCAGUUAUUUCCAUGGUUGAUUGGGCACUACAGGAACAUUGUGUUAGAGCAAGAAAGUUUUCAAUCCAUGCUGAUAAUUGUCCAGGGCAGAACAAAAAUAAGUAUGUGCUUGCUUAUUUUAUGUGGAGAGUAAUGACUGGUCAGAAUGAAGUAAUAGAAUACUUAAUGCAAAUUCCAGGACACGCCCGGUGUUUAGUAGAUUCCGGCUUCGCCCACAUCAAGCGAGUAUAUAGACGAACAGAUGUAGAGACGCUUGGACAGCUUGAAAAUGUUGUAAACAAAUCAUCAAAAACAAAUGUUGCUGUCCGUUUUCCACAAUGGGCAUGGAGAAAUUUGAAGUCGUUCUUAGAGGGAAAAUUUAAAGCAGUGAAAGGAAUAAGGAAAUAUCAGUAGUUCCGGUUUACUGCAGACGAACCAGGUAUUGUUACCGUGCGAAUUUCAUCUGAUGAUCAAAAUGAGGAAAAGAUUUGUAUUUUAAAGCAUCAGUCUUCGCGUUUUGAAGCGGCUGUAAGACCAGAACCAA